AUGAAGAUGAUAUAUGAUGGAGAAAUGCUAUACCGAAUGAGGUCGUGUAGUUCGGUGUUUGAAGAAGGGUUCGUUGGUAUAGCUCCAGGGUUGGUUUUGACUUCGUAUACGAACCGAGAAGUGGGUUACUGUGCGGGUAGUCACUUGGAGUUGUUUUGGUUCGGUGGAGAUCUAAGUAUGUUUGACGAGGCGCUAACGGGUCGACUGCGACAAGAGGUGACAUCUUUGCGAAUUACAGGAGGCUGGUAUGCCGCAUCACCGAUUGGCAAGGAGACUUCUGGUAAUGAGAAUGGGUUCUGUGACUUUUACAUGAAAGACUUUGCUCCGGAUCCCUUCCUGACUACGUUGCCCAAUUUACCGGUGUUUGGCCGCAUGGUGUCCCCCGCGGAUGGGACGGCCGGGGCCUUGAACCUUUUGGUGAACUGGGUCACGCUCAAGGAUAUCGCCAUCAAUGACGACCUGCGCGACGGAUUGCCGGUUGUGCGCGUGCUCGCCAUCAUGGACACGGUCAUUCCGACUCUCUCCGACUCGUCGGUCCGGCAGACGCUGCGACACGAGACACCGGGCCACGAGACACCGGGCCACGAGACACCGGGCCACGAGACGCCGGGCCACGAGACGCCGGGCCACGAGACGCCGACACAGGCGCAGAUGCCGAUGGACACACUUGGGUGCUUGCGGAAACACAACAACUGUCUGAUCAGCCCACACGCACCCAGACAUACUUUCCACAUGGACGAUGGCUGUGUGGUGACCCGACCCCGAAAUGAAACCUUAAGGGCGCUGGAAGAAAAGCUGGCGGCGCAGCUGUGCCCUCGAAAGACAAGCGAAGUGAAGGAGAACGCAGGCUUGCUGGAGGCUCUCGCGAGAACAGGUUACCGCUACCGGGCCAUAAAUGCUCUCGACGAAGAUGCGCCACGCUGUCCUUUCCCUGACCCUCCCACUAAAGCACAAUUCCAGCAAGCGAUGAACGUGAUCCGGCCCCAUUUUCUCAUACUGACUACCACGUCUACCACAAACUAUACCGACGCCGAACGAGCUCGCAUAGACGAGUUGGCACAGCUGUCCGGACUGCCCGAAGACAACAUUGUCGUUGAUCCAGGCGCCAUUACCGGUGCACUCUACAGCAUCGUAGAUCAGAUGCCCACCAUCCUUUGCACCGAAUUCGAGCCCAUUCCUACUCUCGCCCCACAAGACGACGAAUGCGGUUACUGCGAAGAACGGUACUACAAAAGAACAUACACGUGCGUCCUCGCUGGCGCAACGGCUGGCACCGUUCUCGGCGCCACGGGCUUCCAAUUGCUCCAGUCAGGACAAGUUCUCGAUGCCGCUCCGGAACUCGAUGACCAACUGGAACCAGCAGCCAGACCUCGUCAACUGGAUCCCGACCACGUACUCUUCGCCAAUUAA